AUAGACAUGGCACCCACUCCUUCGUCUUUCCUUUAAACAUAAACCUUCAAAUAACACCCAAAAAUUUGGCUUUAUUUCUUGUUAACCUCUCAAUCUUCUUUCACUUCAGAUUAAAAUGAGUAUGGCCGGCGGGGGAAAGUGGCGGAGAGAGGCAGAGAAGCUGGUGGUUAAGCCUUUCCGGCUAGUAACAACAACACUCCUCAGCCUCCUCCUUCCUCUCUCUUUCCUUCUCCUUAGCCGUCUCUCUUCAUCUUCCUUCCUCUUCUCAUUGAUCAAAUCUCCUCCGCAAACGGAUUCAUCUUUCCUCUUCUCUAUCCUUCGUUACACGAAUCCGGCCAUAUUAUACGUGGCCGUUUCGGCAAUAAGCGUUUACACUCUAGUUCUUGGUCUGACCACCAAGAUCACAGCCUCAGAACCCAACAGCUCGAUUCCCUUUUCUCCACAUGUCACCAUGGCGUGGCUCACGCUCUUCCUUGUUCAAAUCUCCGUCGGUUUAGGCCUGGAAGGAACGAGUUCCAACGGCUUAAUCAUCGGAAGUGAACGUAACUUCUUGAGCAGACUAGUGUUUUUCUGUGGUCUUAAUGAGGUAAUGCUUCUGUGGUGUAGGCUGAUCGUGAGACCAGUGGUGGACAGCACGUUGAUCGGAGGUCAACACCGGAUAGAAGAGACAGUUUUGGAGAGAGUGGCUUUGGCCGUGAGCUGUGGGACGUUGUGGUGGUGGAAGCUUCGGGAUGAAAUAGAGGCUUUAGUUGGUGUGGCAGAGGCUAAAAGAGCAUUGUUGUUGUUAUUAUUACCAACCGAUGGUAAUGCUAACGUUAGUUUGGAUGUGGGAACGGUUGAUUUUGUGAAUUGGUGGUUAUACUAUAUGGUUGUGAUGAUUGGUAUGGUUAGGAUCGUUAAAGGGUGUUUGUGGUUUGGAAUGAUUUUGCUUUUCGAACAAGGUAGUAGAAGAAAUCCACGUCGAAAUGCCAAUGAUCCUCCUGUUUCUACAGCUUCUUCAGUUCAUUAUGACGAUGAAGGUGACACUAAAGUGUAAUUAGUAACAAUUGGUUAUACGAAGGUUCAAAUUGAUAUUUGUAAUGAGAAAGAUGUUAACAAAUUCAAUACUGGAAUGAAAUUUGAUAAACAGAGGCUUUACAUCACAUUUCGAUAGAAUCAUAAAAAAAAACAUUAGCACCAGCAAUAGGGCUGGGAUCAUGUAUUGGGGUUUUUCGGGGAGUGUUACAAAAAAAAAGAAAAAAGAAAAAAAAGGCAGACAUAGAAUGUUAGUGUCUGUCUAUCAGCUAGGUUAGGCCGACCAAACUUGUUACUCACCCCUUGUUAGGCCUCAAGGGAAAACGAAAAACUCAAAGUUAAUAAUAGGGAAAAUUCCUUAAAAAUACACAGACUAAUUUUCAUUUGCUAAUAAAAUACACGAACUAUUUUGGAUUCCCG